AGAUGAUUGAUGAUCAAGACUUGGGAUUCUUUGCCAACUUUCUUGGCAUAUUCAUAUUUGUCUUGGUGAUUGCUUACCACUAUGUGAUGGCUGAUCCCAAAUAUGAAGGGAACUGAAAAGGGCUCGCAGUGUUCCCAAUACUUUUUCAUUUCAUGUGAACAUUCUUAUGUUAGAAUUUUAAUACAGUGAUGACCUCUGAUUUGGAAUUUCACAUUUGCAGCUGUCUUCGAUCCCCCGAUCUCCUUUAUUUUUAAUUAUUUUUAAUUUACUUAUAAUGUCAGGGAGCUUAGUGGGUUGUGGAUGAAGCCACAUGUGUUCCUUUCUUAUUAUGAAUAAAGUUAUUACAAACCAAAAAAAAAGAAGAAAAAGAAAAGAAAAAGAAGAUACGUUUCCCUAA